GAAAUGGCUAACAAGAAGAGGCUCAAGAGAGGUGAGCCUCCCAAGGGAGCUAAAAAUCUUGAUGUCAAGAGUCCUAAAACUAUUGAGGCUAUUCGUAGGCAGGGUUAUGAACCACAUGAACUUAAAUAUCUCAAAGAGGAAGAAUUUAUUCAAAAAGAAGCUGAUAUGAAAGCAACCCCGGCUGUUAUGAGGCUACGGUAUAAGGACUAUGAAGAAAAUCGCCGUGAAAAGGUCAGGAAUGUGAAAAGAGAAAGACAAAUUAUUCUCCACGAAAAGAAGAAAAAGAUCAAGGGAAAAAGCCGUAAUAACUCUCAGAAAAAGAUCAAGUACACUGGGAAGCUAGGUCCAGCACCUAAAAGAAUUCCUAACGCCAUUAGUCAAUCUUUGAGUUUCAAGCCAACUAAAAAGAAGAUGGCUGCUGAGAUUCAAUUGAAGAACGAAGCGAAGCAGUUGAAAUUACUCCAGGCCCAAAACAAAGCUUUGAUGAAAGAGGUCAUACAGAAAGCAAUCCAGCAAGAAGAACAAGAUGAAACAAAGGAACAGAAAAAGGCAGCCUGGAGUGAUAGCGACUCCAAGCAGAGACAGACUCUUGAGUUAAUUAAAAAUAAACUCAAAAUGAAAGUUAUUUCCAAACGAAACGAAGAGCGUGAGAAACGUAUCCAUGAAAAGGAACUUUCUCAAAAGAAAUAUCGAUUAGAAUGCAUUGAGAAAGAAAAAGAAGAGCUUGCAAGGAUUGAAAAGGAGCAAGAAAUGAAGAAAAUACAAGAAAAAUAGUCAAGAAAUACUACGAAUUAAACGGCAAAAUGAGCUCAGAGAUUACAUCACUAAACUUCAAGAAGAGCAACAACAGUCUGAAGAGCUUAGAAGAGAAUCCUUAGAAAGGAAGAUCCAGGUAGCCGAGGAGAAAUUUGAAAGGAUUCAGCAGCAAAGAGAACAUGACCAGCUGCUCAGAAAAUUAAGUAUCCACAAAAGACUUGAGGAGGCCAACCAGAGAGUUCGAUCUAACCUUGAAGCUCAAGAGAGGACUUGGGAGGAAAAGCAAAGAAGUAUCGUUGAGAAAUAUAACAGAAUAAAACAAAUUCAGAUAGAGAAGGAGAAAAUAAAUGCCCAAAAGGCCAAGCUCAAGGAACUUGAGUAUAAAAAUGUCAAAGGCAAGAGCGACGGCAUGCUCAAGCAAAGACUUGAAGAGCUCAAGGAGAAGGAAAGGAAGUUUGAGGAAAGAAUUCAGAUACAUAAGGAGAACAUGCACAAAGAAGUUGAGCUUAAGAAACGAUACCAUAGCUUCCAGAGUCAACGAAUGGAACAACGCAGGAAGUUGCUUGGAGAAGAAAAGGAAAAGGAGAAGUCUCUGUCUAUUAAGAGGCUACAUGAGAAAGACAAACAUACUGAACAGGUCCUGAAACACCGGAAUGAAGAGUACAAGAUCCUUGCUGAGUUCGAAUCUCUUAAGCGAGAUAAGAGACUAAAUGAAGCCAAAAGGCUUCAAAAAGUCAGAGAAUACCAGAAGGUGAAGGCCUUUGAAAGAAUUCAGGCUGAGAGAUCCAAGUCUGAAAUCAUUCAAGAACAAAGAAAAAAGAUCCUCAACUGCAAGAUUGAGGAAAAUGAGAAAGUUAAGUUCAUUAAGGAACAGCUGAAAGAGAAGAUCAAGGCUGCCCAAGGCCAUGGCACUGAUGACUUGGAAGAACUUAUGGAGAAUCCAUAUAAAGAUUUUAACCCAGUCAUGAACAAGUCAAUGCAAGAGAUGGUUAACAAAUUAAGCAUAGAUGACCCUAAAAGGCCAAGAAGAAGUCUGAAGAAAAAGAGAGGGAAUUCUCCUGCGAAGAAGAGGAAGUCUCCUCCAAAGAAAUCUAAGUCAAAGAAAAAGAAAGCUAAGUAAAUAUUUUUCAUCUGGAAGUUCAA